UACUGGGAAGAAGGAACGCGAAGGAGGGAAGUGCAAGUGCUGGAGGCUUAGCGUUUUCUUAAUGGACCGAACACUCUGCCUCUGUCUGCUUCUCUUCACGGCGGCUGUUGCGGCGGCGACUGGCGGCGCUGAACACAACCACACUUCCGGCGGGCUAUUAUGGCCCACCGCCGCAGAGGAAUCCGAUCCGCCACCGCCCACGGAUGACUCCGACUCCGACUCCGACGGCGGGUUUUCUUCACUCGACGGCAUGUUGCAGUGGGCUAUAAGUCAUUCUGAUCCUGGAAAGUUAAAGGAAUCAGCAGAAGCUCAGCAACGGCUUUCGGCAAGCGAUCUGCAGAAACGUCAAAUAGAAAUCAAGGAAACACUGGAGAAAAUAAAGAUGCCUUCUGAUGGUGAAUUGAUGAAAAUUGCGGUACGUGACUUGAAUAAUGUCUCUACAUCCUUGGAAGAUAGGCACCGUGCUUUGCAGGAGCUUCUUGAGCUUGUGGAGCCGAUAGAUAAUGCAAAUGAUUUAAACAAACUUGGGGGACUUCUUGCAGUUACAAAAGAGCUUAACCACUCUGAUCCAGGUAUAAGGACAGUUGCUGCAUGGGUUAUUGGGAAAGCUAGUCAAAAUAAUCCAAAUGUUCAGCAGCAGAUCUUGGAAUUUGGAGUGCUCUCAAGGCUGAUGAAAAUGGUAAAGUCUAAUUCCAUAGAAGAAGCCAAUAAAGCAUUAUAUGCUGUUUCAGCUUUGAUUCGCAAUAAUUUAGAUAGUCAGGAGUUGUUUUAUGCUGAAGCUGGAGGUUGGAUGCUUCAGGAUAUUUUGAGCAAUGCCAGUCUUGAUAUCAGACUGCGGAGGAAAGCUGUACUUUUAUUGGCUGAUCUAGCAGAGUAUCAAUUAGAAAAUGUAGAUAGAGAUGAGCCACCAUUUUUCAAUGACCAAGAUCUGUUGAAGUCAGUGGUUGAUUUAACUGCAUCAACCGACCUUGAUCUCCAAGAAAAGGCCCUUGUUGCGAUUAAGAGUCUCUUGCAAUUAAGAACCACUAAAGCUUGGGUUUUCAAGGACUUUUGUGCUUUAGGUGAUGCACUGAACAGAAUGAGGCAGUUGUUGCAUGAUUUGAUGGUGGAUGAGUAUCAGAGAGACUACGUGAUGGAUGUGGAAAGUCUUCGUGUUGAAGUGGAACAUAUUUUCCAUAGAAAGCUGGUAAAGCAAAAAUGAGUUGCAACUCCCUAAAGUUAUGCUGUUGAUCUUGUAUCAUUAUCUAGUUUCUAGAGAUUUCUCACAAUUUUGAUUCUUCUUUAGACGUUUGAUCAAUGCAUGUUAAAGCUAUUAAUAUUAAUUUUUACAGUUGUACAGGUUAAUCCCCGAAAAUUUACUAGCAUUUGUGAUUUCUGAUUUAACUGUAUUCUACCUAUAGACUUUUUAUUUAUCUAUACUAUUAAUGUAUGUCUAUAUAUUUACAAUA